UGUCAACAAUAUGGAUGCCAAGUUUUCAGCAUAAAUUUUGCCAGAUUUAUUUUCAUGAAAGUUUCAGAAAAUAAUAAUUACCAUGGCUACCACAUCAGGAAAACUCGACGAAGACACUCUGAUGACAUUAAAAACCAUUAUCUGGGGAACAGAUAUUAAAGAUGAAGUGUUUAAAAGAUGGACACAGGGAUUUGUAUUUAGUGAAGAUGAGCCCACAGCAUUAGUACAAUUUGAUGGAGGUCCAUGUGCAGUUAUUGCCCCUGUUCAAGGUUAUAUAAUAAGACAAGCUCUAUUUACUGAGAAUCCUGUGGAUAAUUUAUCUGCAUUAACAGAGGAAAAGGCCAAUGAACUGUUAGGAUCAGCCCUAGUAGAAAUCAUGUUGGAAGUUUCAUCUAAAUCUGGUGUCUUUUCUGUAAUCUACUUGGAGGAUGAUAAAAAUGACGAUGAUACAAAUAAAGAUGAAAGUUGUAGUACAUCAAAGGAAAACAGCGAGACAAAAAAUGGCGAAAGUUGUGCCAAACGUCCAAAAUUAGAUGCAGACUUAUUCCAUACUAGAAUUAGAUGCACCAAAUGUCAGAAUGAAGAUGAUUUGAGAACCUAUGUUAAGUCCAAGCUAUCAAUGUUUCAGGAGACCUUUGGGGUUGUGCUGUAUUUAUAUUCCAUAAUAUUAACUAAGGGUAUAGAACAAAUAAAGAAUGAAGUAGAAGAUCCAGGGGAACAGUUUAUAGACAGUAUACAUGGUCAUGGCAGCCAAAGUCUAAUUAACUUAUUACUGAGUGGUAAAGCUGUAACCAAUGUAUGGGAUAAUGAUAAAGAUAUCUCAGGUUUAAAAUUACGAGGCAUUCCAAGACAGUCUACCAUAGGAUUUUUAACAUUAAUGGAAUAUAUGCGUUAUUGUGAGGUUGGUUGGUACUUAAAGAAUCCCAGGUUUCCUAUUUGGAUGUUAGGAAGUGAAACACAUCUUACUGUAUUGUUUUCUAAAGAUGAAAAUUUAAUAAUAAAUGAAUCUUCUAAGUCCAGUGCCAGACAUAUAUUUCAAAGAUUUGACCCUGAAGGUAAUGGUUUUAUUUCUACAUCAUUAUUAGGGGAUUUGAUGAGUGCAUUAGACCUUGUAUCUGAAAAAGAAUAUGUAGAUAUUAUGACCAGCAAGUUGGAUUCAGAAAGUCUGGGUAUAAUUACAAUGCACUGUUUUAUGGAGGAGUUUUAUCCAGGGGAUGUCAUCAAGGACACUCCAAAUACAUUUGAAUUAUACCAUUAUAAUGGUAUUCCUAGAUCGUGCUUGAAUUCUAAGGUAAAAUAUUUUGUUGGAACAGCCACUUUACCAGAAGAAUUAGAAGUUCAGAUUAUAACAGAUACAUCUCCUAUUAAACUUUGUCUACAAACAAAAUGGCCAAGUAUAGAAAUGUCAUGGACAGAUAAUUACAUACCCUCACUGAAUUAAUACUCAUUGUUAUGUUUUAUAAUCUUGUUAAUGUGAUAUAAAUAGAUAAAUAUAACACAUUUGUGUUCUU